AUGGGGGAAGGUAACAUCGCAGACUCCACGGCGGAGCGUGGCGGUGGCGGUGACGCGGAUAGAAACUCCGACACCCCUGUUAUACUUAAUGUGUAUGACCUUACCCCUCUCAAUAAUUACAGCAUUUGGUUUGGUUUUGGCAUCUUCCAUUCUGGCAUUGAAGUUCACGGAAUGGAAUAUGGGUUUGGAGCUCAUGAUUACCCUAUCAGUGGAGUGUUUGAAGUGGAGCCGAAGAGCUGCCCAGGUUUUGUAUAUAGAACUUCUGUUUCACUGGGUAAAAUAGACAUGCCUCCUUCGGAGUUCCGGACUUUUAUCGAGAGCGUGGCUUCUGAGUAUCACGGGGACACCUACAAUCUAAUCUCUAAGAAUUGUAAUCACUUCACUGAUGAUAUGGCCCGACGGCUCCUAGGAAAAGGAAUACCUGGCUGGGUGAAUAGGCUGGCCCAUGCUGGUGCUUUCUGCAGUUGUCUUCUUCCUGAAAGUCUGCAAGCAACCACUGUUAAACAGCUACCUGAGUACCAUAAUUGUACUGAAGAAGAUGGCAGCGUCUCUGUCGCCAGUACUUCACCCCUUGACCCAACAGAGAGUGAAGAUGGGGAUCAGGAUAAGCUUUUGAUGUCACCACCACCUGGAUAUGGUGAAGUAGCUUUUGUAAAGGAGAUGUCAAGGUGA